AUGGCCGAUCUGUACAUUCUGGACACACUGCCAGAUCAGCAGGCAGCCGAACUCGUACCCUCCCUAGCCCAAGGCGUCUGCGACGAUAUCGCUGCGACGGGCAGCGCCUCGGAUCGGCACUGGAAGCUGCUCGCGUUCCUGUGCCCUGAGGCGCUUCAAGGCGCCGCCGAAAUUGUGGACCAUCGAACCGUGCAGCGCGUGGUCGCGCAAGAGAGCCGCCGGGUCUUUCACCUUGUCAGCGCCUCGAGUGGCUCCAAGCGGGCGCACCCGCACGUGUGCCUGCCCAGCUUUUGCACGUGCGCCUCGUAUUGCCACAAGGUCGCCACACGGCCGGACGCGCUCGCGUGCAAGCAUGGGCUUGCCGUCUUGCUGGCCGAGGCUCUCGGACGCACGCAGUCCGCGGAGCACAGCGACGUGGCUUGGGCCAACAGCCUCUCGCACCACCUGCAGCUGGCGAUGAUUGACCAUGGGAGCCACUGA